GUUGGUUUUGGUUCUCUCGGACAAAGAAAUAAACAAACGCAGCUGUCUUUUCCCAUAUAUGGUCUCUUCACAGCUUCGGCUUCACCCACCAUAACUUCAAGGCUUCCCCAGUCAACAACAAUGGCACAUGAAGUUGCCAACCACCGUCUCCUCCUCUGUCUCCUCUCCUGUCUCCUCCUCAUCCUCUCUUUCUCCACCGCCGAUGAUGCCGCCGUCAUGUCUAAGCUCGCCGCCUCCAUCUCUCCCGCCCCAUCAAGCUGGACAGGCACUGAUUUCUGUUCAUGGAAUGGAAUCAACUGUGACAACUCCAAUCCCAAACGUGUCACCGCCAUUAAUCUCGCUUCCAAAUCUCUCACCGGAAACCUCCCUUCCGACCUGAACCAGCUCUCCCAACUCAAAACCCUCGCCCUACAAAGCAACUUCCUCUCCGGCGAUUUACCUACCUUAGCGAAUCUCACUUUCCUCGAAUCAGUGUUCCUUGAUGGCAAUAACUUCACUUCUAUCCCAUCGGAUUUCUUUCUGGGUCUGACGAAUCUACAGAGUUUUAGCAUUUCAGACAACUUAGAUCUGUCUCCAUGGGUUCUUCCCAAUCAUCUCACGGAUAGCAGCAAUCUGCAGACGUUUCAGGCGAGUAACGCGAAGAUAAUGGGAUCCAUCCCGGACAUCUUUGAUAGUUUCCCUAAUUUGCAGAACCUCCGGCUGUCUUACAACAAUCUCACCGGAAACCUACCGAAGACUUUUGGGGGUUCCGAAAUCCAGAAUCUAUGGCUCAACAAUCAAGAAAGUGGACUUUCUGGUACCCUUGAUGUGCUUUCUUCAAUGACACAACUUUCUCAAGUAUGGCUACAAGCUAACGCAUUCACCGGUGCUAUUCCGGAUCUCUCGAAAUGCACUAAUCUGAACGAUUUACAACUCCGGGAUAAUCAGUUCACCGGAAUCGUUCCUCCGUCGCUGAUGUCUCUUCCCCAAUUAUCAAAGAUUUCUCUACGAAACAACAAGUUGCAAGGUCCAUUGCCUGUGUUUGGCUCUAAUGUCACCUCCGAUAUCACUUCCAAUAGCUUCUGUUCACCUAAUCCGGGACCAUGUGAUCCACAAGUAACGGCGCUCCUCGAGGUCGCCGGAGCAGUUGGAUAUCCGAUGUCGUUAGCGGAAUCUUGGCAAGGAAACAACGCCUGCGACAGCUGGAGCUUCGUUAGCUGUGAUUCUUCCGGGAAGAAUGUCACCUCCGUGAGCUUAUCGAGGCAGAAGCUCUCAGGUACGAUUUCACCGGCGUUCGCAAAUUUGACCUCGUUAAGAAGUUUAUCAUUAAACGAUAACAAUCUCGUUGGCAUUAUUCCUUCAAACUUAACAUCCUUGCCGAAUCUUCAACUUCUUGAUCUAUCCAACAACAAUCUCUCCGGUGCUAUACCAUCGUUCCCACAAAACGGAAUAAAGUUUUCACAUGAUGGCAAUCCAUUAUUAGGUCAAGACGUUCCAAUUGGACCUCCGGGCCCACCUGGAUCUACACCGAGCUCCACCGAUCCCGGUAAAAACCCAUCUGGCUCCUCAAAAGGGUCACCCGUCUCCGGUGGUAUGAUCGCCGGAAUCGUCAUCGGCGUUCUUGUUUUUCUCGCAAUCGUGUUCUUUGUUUUCUUCAAGUGUUGUGCGAAGAAGAAACACCAAAAGUUCGGUCGUGUUGAGAACCCAGAAAUCGGUCAAGAACUGAUGAAACCAAGCGUCAUCGGAACCAGUUCAAACGGAUUCAAUGGCGGAUUUAGCGAGUUGCAGAGCCAGAGCUCCGGCGACCAUAGUGAAAUGCAUGUUUUCGAAGGGGGUAAUGUCGUAAUUUCAAUUCAAGUUCUCCGACAAGUCACGAACAAUUUCAGUGAAGAUAACAUACUAGGAAGAGGUGGAUUUGGGGUCGUUUACAAAGGGGAAUUACACGAUGGAACAAAAAUUGCAGUCAAAAGAAUGGAAUCGGGUGUCAUGGGAACAAAAGGGUUAAACGAAUUUCAAGCUGAAAUUGCGGUUCUCACUAAGGUUAGACAUAGACAUUUAGUGGCACUUCUUGGGUAUUGUAUCAAUGGAAAUGAGCGACUUUUGGUGUAUGAGUAUAUGCCACAAGGGACUUUAAGUCAACAUUUGUUUGAAUGGAGUGAACAUAAGACACCUCCACUUAGUUGGAAACAAAGGGUUUCGAUUGCUUUAGAUGUGGGAAGAGGGGUUGAGUAUUUGCAUAGUUUGGCACAACAAAGUUUUAUUCAUAGAGAUUUGAAACCUUCAAAUAUUCUUCUUGGUGAUGAUAUGAGGGCUAAAGUUGCGGAUUUUGGUUUGGUUAAGAAUGCACCGGAUGGGAAGUAUUCGGUUGAGACACGACUUGCGGGGACUUUCGGUUAUCUUGCACCCGAGUAUGCUGCAACCGGAAGAGUGACAACAAAGGUCGAUGUUUUCGCAUUCGGCGUGGUGUUAAUGGAGUUGAUAACGGGCCGAAAAGCCCUAGACGAAACAAUGCCUGACGAGCGGUGUCAUUUGGUGACAUGGUUCCGAAGAGUCCUCAUCUCAAAAGAAAACAUGCUAAAAGCCAUUGACCAAACCCUAGAAACCGAAGACGAAGAAACACUGGAUAGCAUUUCAAAAGUAGCAGAGCUCGCGGGCCACUGUACGGCCCGCGAGCCCUUCCAGAGACCCGACAUGGGUCACGCAGUGAACGUGUUGGGUCCUCUGGUCGAGCAGUGGAAGCCUUCUCGACCAGAGGAAGAGGAUGGCUAUGGAAUCGACCUCCAUAUGAGCCUUCCUCAAGCCCUUCAAAGAUGGCAAGCCGAUGAGGGCACUUCUAGAACAUUUGAUAUGUCUUUUAGUCAAACACAAUCGAGUAUUCCCUCUAAGCCUUCGGGAUUUGCCGACUCAUUUGACUCGAUGGAUUGCCGAUGAAUCCGAUACACAGAUAUAUUUCGUGAUAUUUUUUCAUUUUUUAUGGGUAAGAUUGAAAUUGAAAAGUAUGUUGUUAACUUAUUAUUGUUUACAAUGGUAGUGCUCAAAUGAUGCAUUAGAUAGUUGUACCUUAUGCAGAAGCAUGCACUACGAUUUGUUUGUUGCUUAAAAUGUAUAAUAGACCAUGUCGCUUUUACAUUUCCAUGUUCUUAAUCUUAUCAAAUAUAGUAUGAGAAUUUUAAUGUUAA